AUGAUUGAGGGAAUGGUGAAGGAUGGUGUUAUUGAACCUUCAUCUAGUCCAUGGUGUUCACCUGUGGUGCUGGUAAAGAAGAAGGACGGCAGCAUGCGGUUUUGUGUUGACUACCGCCGCCUGAACGACGUUACGAAGAAGGACAGAUAUCCCUUGCCUAGAAUUGAUGACACGCUGGACAUGCUCACAGGCGUAAAGUGGUUUAGUACGCUGGACCUGAAACGUGGCUACUGGCAGGUUGAAAUUGACCCUAAGGACAAGGAGAAAACUGCAUUCUCCACAGGAAAGGGUCUGUGGCAAUUUAAAGUCAUGCCGUUUGGAUUGUGCAAUGCUCCAGCAACGUUUGAAAGGUUGAUGGAGCUUGUACUUACCGGGCUAAUUGGAGAUGCCUGUCUGGUCUAUUUGGAUGACAUCAUCAUCGUAGGCCGUACGUUUGAGGAACACCUUCAAAACCUGGAACGCGUGUUCAUGAAGAUCCAGAGUGCCAACCUCAAGUUGAGUCCGAAGAAGUGCUCACUAUUCAAACGGCAAGUUAGUUUUUUGGGGUAUGUAGUGUCGGAAGAAGGUAUCCGCACGGAUCCAGAGAAAGUUGCCGCUGUCAAGGAGUGGCCGAUUCUAAAAGACAAGACACAGGUUAGAGCAUUUUUGGGAGCUCAAGAACCGUCAAAAACACCUAUUUUGGGGUACCCUGAUGCGGGCAAGGAAUUCAUAGUUGACACAGACGCAAGUGAUAUAGGACUUGGCGGUGUGUUGUCUCAACGGAAUGGUGAUCAAGAGAUUGUGAUAGCGUACUUCAGCAAGUCGUUGUCAAAGCCGGAAAGGAACUAUUGUGUCACAAGACGGGAAUUGCUUGCUGUGGUAAAGUCCUUGCAGCAUUUUAGCAAAUAUCUUCUGGGGCGGAAAUUCCACUUACGAACUGACCAUGCUGCACUGAAAUGGCUAUUGCAGUUCAAAAAUCCGGAAGGACAAGUUGCGAGAUGGAUUGAACUACUACAGGAAUACGACUUUGUGAUCGAACAUCGCAGCGGGAAAUCUCAUGGCAAUGCAGAUGCAUUGUCAAGAAGACCUUGCCCUGAAGAUUGCAAGCAUUGUACUAGGCAAGAGGGUAAGGAAGUGGUAUCUGUGAGGAUGCUCAGGACAGACCAGCUCAGCAAUGAGUGGAAGGACAGCCUACAACAUGCACAGCAGGAAGAUUCGGAUAUUAAGCCGAUUCUGGAAUGGAUGAAGGCCAGUGCUCCUAAGCCCAAGUGGAGCGACGUCUCAGCAAUGAGUUCGACCACGAAAAGCUAUUGGGCCCAAUGGGACAGCUUGCUGAUUCAGGAUGGAGUCCUGUGCCGUAAAUGGGAAAAUGGUCGGGGAAACAGUUGUCAUUUGCAAAUGGUUGUUCCUAAGGCUAAAGUACCGGAUGUUCUACAGCUGUACCAUAGUGGUUGUUCAGGAGGCCACCUGGGAGUUAAACGAACUCUACUGAAAAUCCGAGAACGGUUUUACUGGGUCCACUGUCGCGACGAUGUCGAGGACUGGUGCCGCAAAUGUACAAGUUGUGCGGCUGUAAAGGGACCUCAAAUUCGUAGUAGAGGCGCAUUGAAAUUGUACAAUGUUGGUGCACCAUGA